AUGGACUCUCUCCCCUUCGAGCUCGUCUCCCAAAUCCUCACCCACCUCCCCGCCGCCGACUACAAAUCCGCCCGCCUCACCUGCCACGCCUUCAACGACGUCCUCGCCAAAUCAACCUUUUCCACGCUCGCCACCUUCAUCGACCCAAUCACCGCCAAAUCCACCAUUGAGCGCAUCGCCUCCGACCUCACCCGCCGGCCCAAGGCAAUCUGGUCCCCCGGCUGCUCCGUCCCCAAGGACCUUCCCGUCGCGGAGAGUUUUCUAUUUGCCAUGCACAGGGCGCUGCGCGGAACGGCCUGUCCGUCUACAUCCCCGUGUUCGUCGAGAGCUUCUUCUGUAUCAUCUGUGAAUGGAGCGUGGAGCGACAGUGAAGACUCGGAGGAUAGCGAUGCAGGGCCUAUGGAGGAGGACUUGGCGGCGUGGAAUUUUGGACGGACUGUGGGCAUUGACGACUUGACGGAGGAGAUGCUGCGGCAGGCCAUGUUUCGGUGGGCGCUGUAUCUGAGCUACGUUUAUACGGGCAAGGGAGAGGCGCCACAGCUGUGGGUGAUGAAUUCGAAGAAAUGGGCGCUGCACCGAUGA